AUGGAAGACACUAGAUCUGUACAUCUCACAUCUCAAUCGCCACCUGAAUCUUCUGCAAACGCAAACGGAUCACAUCCCGUCUCGAUAGCGGCCCGAGAAGACGAGUUUGCCAGCUCACCCGGAAAGAAAAGCGUGAUGAAACGUCCUCUUCUCAAGCGGCAGACAGUUGAGAUCUCUCGAGUUGAUCUCGAUCGCAAAACGCAAAACGAAACGGUGCACGACAAAGUGCCGGCUUUGAAGCGCAAUGCUACCGUCUUGUUUGACGCUUCAUGGACAAAGAAAAGCGGAACAAACAUGUCGAAGCGUCGUCUCAAGCGACAGAUGUCGAAGCCAACAACAACCGUCUCUCUCUCGUGGUUGAAUAUAUCAGCAGUAGCGUCCGGUGCACGACCGUCGGUUUGGGAAAGAAUUCAGGGGAUUGAUGCUACACAUCCGAACAAAUUCAUCUUGAACAACGUGAGUGGUAUUGCAAUGCCGGGACAACUUAUCGCUAUCAUGGGAGCAAGUGGUGUUGGAAAAACAACACUCUUAAAUGUGUUGGCAAGUCAGAAUCAAAGUCGCCUGAAGGUAACCGGCACUGUGAAGCUAGACGGAAAAGUGGCCUUUGCAUCAGAUGUUCAUCAAGUAUCAGCAUAUGUGCAGCAGGACUACAUCUUUAUUGGCACCAUGAAAGUAAUUGAGCAUCUAAAGUUUCAGGCUGCUUUAAAGCUGGGCAAGAAGUAUAGUAAGAAAGAGAAGCUUGAGCGUAUUGAGCAAGUGAUGUCUGAAAUGGGCUUGUGUAAGUGUAAAGAUACGUUGAUUGGAAUACCAGGAAAAAUCAAAGGCAUUUCUGGAGGAGAAAAGAAACGUUUGGCAGUUGCAUCACAACUUUUGAAGAAUCCUCCCUUGCUGUUUCUUGACGAACCAACGUCAGGUCUUGAUUCUUUCAUGGCUGAGUAUGUUGUCAAAUUGCUUACAAGAGUAGCAGCUACUGGCCGUACAGUUUUGUGUUCAAUUCACCAGCCAUCAUCAAUAGUAUAUGCUCUAUUUGAUCAUGUCAUAUUGAUGGCUGAAGGACGGACAGCAUAUCUGGGACCAACAUGUCGAGCCUCUCAGUUUUUUGCUGAAGCUGGAUAUGAAUGUCCGGAAAACUACAAUCCAGCUGACUUUUACAUCUACACACUUGCUGUUGUACCAGACAGUGAGCAGGAAUGCAAGAACAACGUAAAGGCAAUUUGUGAUGCAUUUGAGGUCAGUGAUCUAGCAGAUGACGUCAGAGAAGAAAUUGAAACUUUAACAAACAUAGCACUGAAAGAAAGAAAUGAAGAAAAACGUCACUUUCACAUCUCUCGUAAGCUUCAUGAUAAGCAAAGCUAUUCUAGUUCAUAUUUGACUCAGUUCCGUUAUGUUUUGUGGAGAGCUUGGUUGUCUAUCAUUCGAGAUCCUAUUUUGGCAAAACUCAGAUUUUCCCUGACCAUAAUUGUUGCUAUUGUUUAUGGUUUGAUAUAUCUGCAAUUGAAUCGGGAUGAAUCAGCAGUACAAAACUUUGGUGGGGCACUGACAUUUGCCGUUUCACAGCAAUCUGUUUUUCACCUGGUGUGCAUAUUACAGAACAUACCUACGGAGAUGCCAGUUUUUCGUCAGGAACACCGAUCUCGUCUAUACACAACACCAGUCUAUGUCAUUGCAAAAAGUUUAGCUGAUCUGCCACUUGUUCUUAUCUUGUCCUUCAUCUUCUGCAUCAUUUCAUAUCCAAUGAUCGGAUUUCGAAGUGGAGUGAGUCAUUUUUUUGUUUUCUAUGGGACAUUGGUGAUUUCAUCAUUGGCAGCUAUGUCUUUUGGUUAUUGUAUCUCAGCUGCCUCUCCAUCUGUACUAAUUGCGGCAGCUAUAUCUACUGCUUGUUAUCGACCUUUCAUACUAUUGGGUGGCUUCUUUCAGAGAUCUAACUCAGUAAAGAAACACCUGCUGUGGAUAAAAUUUACAUCUUGGGUAUAUUAUGGGUUUGAAAUACUGAUGACAAACCAGUGGUCAGGUAUCAAUUUAGACACGUUCAAUGCGACAAGUGGAGAAUGCACUGCCACUACAGAAACAGUGAAAAUUUGUCGAGGAGACGAGAUUCUAGAAUUCUAUAGUAUCAAUGCUGAUAAUGUUGGCAGGAAUAUCGGUCUACUCUUUGUGCUCACAUUUGGGUUACGGCUGUUGGCAAUUCUAAUUUUGAUGAUGAGAGUGAGAAGCAAUCAGAACUAAGCUAACUAUAUACACAUUGAUUUAUAAAGUAAAAGUAACUAAACAAUUAGAUAAAACACAUAUUAGUAGGUUAGUACACUAUUGUAUUGUCUGUUUGUCUGUAAACUGCAGUCCUAUAUAGCACAAACAAACAGUGCAAUAACAAUUAGUACCUUGUG